UGUAUGUGUGGUUAUGUGUGUUUGUGUGUGCAUGUCUGUGUAUAUCUGUGUAUAAUGAUGUGUCUGGUUUGUGUCUGGUGUUUGUGUGUAUGUGUGUUUCUGGUGUGUGUGUGUGUGUGUGUGUGUGUGUUUCUGGUGUGUGUGUGUGUGUGUGUGUGUGUGUGUCUGUGUGUGUGUUUCUGGUGUGUGUGUGUGUGUGUGUGUGUGUGUGUGUGUUUUUCUGGUGUGUGUGUGUGUGUGUGUGUUUCUGGUGUGUGUGUUUCUGGUGUGUGUGUGUGUAUGUUUUUCUGGUGUCUUUGUGUGUGUGUGUGUGUGUGUGUGUGUGUGUGUGUGUGUGUGUGUGUGUGUGUGUGUGUGUGUGUGUGUGUGUGUCACGCCUCCCUCACCUUGACGACCGCAUACUCACUCAUCAGGCAUGAGGCAGUGGCCUCUUUUGGAAACACCCGGCAUCCUCGCCUAACCUGCCCGGUGGCUCUGGCCCCGCCCCCUCCUGCUCUCAGGUGAGUGGGACGUCAUGCCCUCACCUGGGACGCAAUCACUCCUCCUCUCUCUCUCUCUCUCCCUGGAGGACUCUCUCUCUCUAUGUCCUACUUCUGUGGCAAAAGCCAUUUUAAUAACUUUAACGCAGAAGUUCUGUAGCUACUCUUCCUUUCCCCCCCAACCCGCGGAUCCGAGUUUGACGACGCCUCUUGCUACGUACCUUCAAAGGCUCCCCCCUCCUUCACCCCCCCCCCCCCCCCCCCCAGGAGACAUGAGCGGCAAGCUCUGGACGGAGGAGCAGUUCAACUGCCCCGUGUGCCUGGACCUGCCCAGCGACCCGGCCACCAUCCCGUGCGGCCACAGCUACUGCAUGGGCUGCAUCAAGGACUACUGGAGCGAGGCCGACGCCACGGGCACCUACAGCUGCCCGCAGUGCCGGCAGGCCUUCAGCCCCAAGCCCCACCUCUCCCGCAACACCAUGCUGGCCGAGGCCGUGGAGCAGCUGAGCACGGGCGCCGCGCUCGGACCGGAGCAGCGGGCGUCCAUCCGCAGCACGCGCGGCGCCGGCGCCGGCAAGGCCAAGCGGCGGCCGUCGUCGUCGUCGUCGUCGUCGUCGUCGUCGGCCGUGCCGUGCGACAUGUGCACCGGGCAGAAGCAGCGCGCGGCGGUGAAGAGCUGCCUGGUGUGCAUGAGCUCGUACUGCGAGAGCCACCUCAAGCACCACCAGGGCCAGAAGUCGAUGCGGCAGCACGAGCUGAUCGGACCCACGGGCCGGCUGGCCCAGAAGAUCUGCACGGAGCACAAGUACCUGCAGGAGUUCUACUGCCGGCCCUGCGGGCGCUUCGUGUGCUGGCUGUGCACCAGCAACCAGCACAAGGGCCACGAGUGUGUGUCGACCAAGGCUGAGCGCGUGGAGAAGCAGAAAGUUCUGACGGGGCUGCAGGCUGAGAACCACCAGAGACUUCAGGAGAGAGAGAGGGAGUUGAAGGAGAUGACCAGAAUGAUGGAGAUCAUGAAGCACUCGGCGGAGCGCGUGCGCACCGACGCGGAGCUGGUGCUCUCGGAGCUGCGCUGCUCGGUGGAGCGGCUGCAGACGCUGGUGGAGGCCAUGCUGGAGCGGGCAGAGCUGGACAAGAUGGCGGAGGCCCGCGAGGUGGCCGACAGCCUGGCGGCUGAGGUCAAGGAGCGCAAGAGGCGCGAGGAGGAGAUGAAGGAUCUGGUGCGCUGCGAGGACCACAUCCACUACCUCCAGACGUGUGAGGAGCUGGCCAGCCCUCUGGAGCUGGAGGAGCUGCCGGGCGUGCUGGUGAACCUGGAGGCCUCCUUCGACCCGGCGCGAGAGGCCAUCCUGGACCUCAGGGAGCACGUGGAGGACCUGUGCAACGCUGAGCUGGGGAAGAUAACCAAGAAAGUGAACGAAACAAGCCUGUUCACGCUAGAGGGAAGCAACUCUAACCGCGGUGCAAAAGGAGGCUUUCUCAGAUUGUUCUCAGGUCUGGGCGCCCGCACUGCGACCAGUCGUCCAACAGCGACCUCCCCGAGCGUGGCGGUAGGGGUCCGGACGCCGGACAGGAGAGGAAUUGGAUUAGAUGUGAGGGGUAGAGACCCACCACGAGGAAGCUCCCCCAGGCCCCAGGACGGACUGAGAAGAGAGAACCGGGGAUUAGAAGCAGCGAGGGAGAGCAACAGCAGGCGGCCCAGCCCCCGGUCGAGCCCGACUCUGAGCCGCCGUGAGUCCGAGUCCGAGUGGAACGGCCCCCGUCAGACCCAACCGUCGCCCCCGGCCCAACCGGACCCCCCACGCCCGACCGCCGCCGCCGCCGUCACCCCAGCUCCCGUCCCGGCCCCCGUCCGAGCAGCCAGCCCGGCCCAGGCCAUCGCUGGAUCCUUCAGCCGGAUGUCCUCCAUCAGCAGCCUCUUCCGCUCCCAUCGCCGUGGCACCGCCCAGGCCACCCCUAUGCCGGACGCGACCCCUCCAGCCAGCGGUCGCAGCGGUCCGUCGAUCAGAGGCGGGAACCCAUGGGGAAUAGGCACUCUGUCUGAAACGCCGACAGAAGUUAACCCCGGCCUCUUCUUGGAUUCACCCUCCCCAGACUUCAUGCCGAACGACGCCCAAGUGUUCCCAGCAUUGAGGGAGAUCAACCUGGACAGCAUCCAGGCACCUGAACCCAGAGGCAGAGAGGAGUUCCUUCAGUACGCCGUCCAGCUGACCCUCGACCCCGACACGGCGCACCGGCGGCUGGCGCUCUCCGACGGCGACACCAAGGCCACCCUGCAGGCGGCCGCCGCGCCCGGCGCCGCCGACGCGCCGCAGCGCUUCGACGGCUGGACCCAGGCGCUGAGCCGCGGCCCGCUGGGCGGCGGCGGGCGCAGCUACUGGGAGGUGGAGUGGCGGGGGCGGGGCUCCUCGGUGGGCGUGGCCUACGGCUCGCUGGCCCGCAAGGGCGGCGACGGCCAGGCCGGCCUGGGCUACAACGCGCGGUCCUGGAGCCUGGAGCUGUCGGACACGCGCUGCGUGGCCAUGCACGACAACGAGAGGCGGGACAUCGCCGUGGGCUACUCGCCGCGCGUGGGCGUGUUCCUGGACACGGCGGCGGGCACGCUGGGCUUCUACAGCGUGGCCGACGGCAUGAGCCACCUGCACACCUUCCGCGCCAACUUCACCCGGCCGCUGUACGCCGCGGUCGGGGUGGGCGUGGGCGUGGGCGUGGGGAUGGACUUCGCCCUGGGACAGUUCAGCAGCAGCGCGGACAGCGUCAAGCUCUGUCCCAUGUGAGGACGCGAGGUGAUGGGGGGGGGGGGGGGGAUGCACGCCGGGAGGCUCUGGACACGGGGGGGGCUUGCGGAAAAGAAGUGUGACGUUGGGGUGUGAGGGGAUGAGUUAAGGCUCUGUUGUGGUUCCACGGCGACCCGACGCAACGACCACGCAGACGCUUCGACGCAGUCGUGAAGCGCUUUUGGUCCAGCGUCGGGUUUCAGUGAGGGGACCGAUCACAGCCCUUGCUGCUGCGACGCCGAAAAACGGAAGGUGACAAUUUUUUGGUAGGCGCGCGUCAGGCCCUUGCGUCAGACCCAAGGAGGGUCCGCAAGGACGUAACGGGUCCGUAAACCCACCUGCGUUGCGUCGACGUGGAACCGUAACUGAGCCUUUAAGCCCCGCCUCUUGGGCGAAAACUGUUUAUUUUCUGAUCAUCGUGCAACAAAUUUAAAGCAGGUACCUUUUUUGUUCAACGAACAUUCCAAUAGCAUAUCUUUAAAACCUCUACUUCUUCUAAAACUAAUGAAAAUUUGAUGUCGUCAAGAAGUCAGUUCUUCUCCGAUUCUCACUUUCCUUUCUGAUUAUUAUUUUUUCUGUUUAACGUCACAUUCAUAUCUUCACAUGCGAGGAGCAACAACAUCAGAACAAACAAACGAGUCACUGCCAUUCAUUUCCAUGGAUUUAUUUUAUAAAAAAAGAGGCAACCGAACGACAGGACGUAGGCAGGGUGACGUCACCAGGCGGUUCAUACCACCACAACAAACAAACAAACAAAAACAGAAGACAGAGGUCCGUGUGUGGAUUCGACCACGAAGGUUCUGCGAGGAAAAAACAAAGCUGUGUGUGUGUGUGUGUGUGUGUGUGUGUGUGUGUGUGUGUGUGUGUGUGUGUGUGUGUGUGUGUGUGUGUGUGUGUGUGUGUGUGUGUGUGUGGGGGGGGGGUCCACCUGGCAUGGGUUUCUACAUGUGUGUGGGGGGGUCUAACUGAGAAGUCACACCUCACAUGGCAUUUGUCAAGGAUCAAAUAAAAUAAUGUUUUCUUAAAGGACAGAGUUUCCUGUGUUCUCAUCAAGGAGGAGAACGCAUGAGGGGAUCUCUGCUCCCUCGUGCCCGGGAUACCCCCGGCACAAAGGUCAACGUUGGCUAACGCUAGGAACAAGUAGAGCGGCUAGACGAUGCAAGGAAUAGGAGACGGAGCUUACACGAUGAAGGGGGAACAACAUGAUAGAUGUUUCCAUCCUACAUCAUGUGUGGAGCAGAGCUGAUCCCAGCCUUUCUGUCACCUGUGCCACGGUGUAAGAAGUCCUCGCAGUAGGCAGUGUGUCGGACUGCAGCUGGCGCAGCUCUUGGGGCGGCGCGGGUUGGUCUCCCCUUCAGGGGACUGCACCUUGCGGACCUCUGGAGGAACGCAGGCUGACUUCCAUCCAUUGGAUCAUUGUGUGUUAUGGUUUAUUGUUUGUUGUGUUAUUGUUUGUAUGUUAUUGUACCGUUAUUACCCAAAUAUCUGAACAUAAUUGUUAUAAGUUAGAAUAAAGUAAAAAAUAAAGAAUAAAGAUUCUGAAACCCUAAA